GUUGCCGGCUCAGUCGCUGUGCGGGAGUGGUCACUGAGGGAUGUGUGGUAUCGUAACUGAGUGUGACUGAGGAAAAAGACCCGGCGUAGUUUCUCCGCGUAAUACGCUCUCGCUCUUUACCCCCCCGGACAAAAAGGAACUAGCAGUACCGAGAGUCUAGUCAGUUUUUCGGCCCCCCUCCCGAUUUCGCGCGAGACUACGGAAUACGCCGAACGUGUAUUUAUUUAAGUAUUUAUUGUACAAAAGACUUAAUCUAUAGUUUCUCCUGGGUAAACGACCGGGACGGAAACACGUCGGCGAAGAUUUGGUUAGAAACGACGGUCGAAAUCCCCUUUGUUCGAAUUCGAAAGCGCACCCCGUGGUCAAGGUCGUGAACAUUCGUUUGGGGUAAAUCCGUGAACCGUUAGGAAGGCCCAGGCCAGGCCGGCCACGCACGCCAGCCGACACAAUGUCCGUGGACAAGGAGGAAUUGGUACAGCGUGCAAAGCUCGCCGAACAGGCGGAGAGGUACGAUGACAUGGCUGCCGCGAUGAAGGCGGUCACCGAGACGGGAGUCGAGUUGUCAAACGAGGAGAGGAACCUGCUGUCCGUAGCUUAUAAGAAUGUCGUUGGCGCGAGACGUAGCUCGUGGAGAGUAAUCUCCUCCAUUGAGCAGAAGACCGAAGGCUCGGAACGCAAACAGCAGAUGGCAAAGGAAUACCGGGAAAAGGUGGAAAAGGAGCUGCGUGAAAUUUGUUACGACGUAUUGGGACUCCUUGACAAGUACCUGAUCCCUAAGGCUAGCAAUGCCGAGAGUAAAGUUUUCUACCUCAAGAUGAAGGGUGAUUACUAUAGGUAUCUCGCAGAAGUCGCCACCGGUGAUACCAGAAACGCGGUAGUCGAGGAUUCACAGAAAGCGUACCAAGAAGCGUUUGACAUAGCAAAGUCAAAGAUGCAGCCUACUCACCCGAUCAGGCUAGGUCUCGCCCUCAACUUCUCCGUUUUUUAUUACGAGAUACUCAACUCUCCAGACAAGGCCUGCCAGCUGGCCAAACAGGCGUUCGACGAUGCGAUCGCAGAAUUGGACACACUUAACGAGGACAGCUACAAAGAUUCCACGCUAAUUAUGCAGCUUUUGCGCGACAACCUCACUCUUUGGACCAGUGACACGCAGGGUGAUGCGGACGAAGCACAGGAGGGCGGCGACAACUAACCUUCCUAAGCUUAAGUCCUUUCUAACCUAAUAAGAACAUCCUAUUCUCUAUCGUCCCCCCGUCCCUUGAAGUGCUCACCCAUCCAUCCACCCGAGAUCGAUUUAUCCAUUCGCCUGUCCUUUCGCGUACCUCGUUUCCUUCUCCCUUCCUUCCUCUCCCCUCAAUCUCUUCAUUCUCUCUCUCUCUCUCUCUCUCUCUCUCUCUCUCUCUCUCUCUCGAUUCGUUCCGUUUCUCAGACUCUGUUAAACCUUUCAUCCUUUAUCCUAUCUUCUUCCUCCCUUCCAUAUACCUCCCACCCUUUCACAUUUUCUUCCUUCCUUUCUUUCUUCCACAUUCGUAAGAGACCACCACCGCCAGUUUCCGAAUCCUUGUUUCCUUAAUCUCCUCCUCGAAAAAUUGUGACCUCUUUGUUCCAUUGCGACUGCACACUGCUGCCGAUGCCACCGCUAGAGCUGUUACGUUCGGGUAUCUCGUUCUCGACCGAAUCCUUUCUUAGAGGAUCGAUUCGCGUGCUGGUCGCCGUGUAUAUGACCGCCGUUGCCUCUUGUCGAAAAUUUUGAACGUGAACAUAUUCGACUCUGGAUGGAGAAUGUUGAUCUCUUCUAAAGGUGUGGGAGGGGGAGAGAGAGAGAGAGAGAGAGAGAGAGAGAGAGAGCGUGUGCGUGUGUGUGAGCAAGAAAAC